CUUCCUACCACCACCUUCGAUUCUACUGCAGCCGCCGAUAAGGCUCCUUCAUGGCGUCGAAGUUACUUGAAUAUGCAUCUAUUUGCCUAGUUUUGACGCUCAACGCCUUUGCGAACGACCAGUUGCCUUUGAACGCGUCGCCUGUGCUAGGUACCCUGCACAGAUUUUUACGAAAUGAGAGUAUAGUAUUCAAUGAGUUGCAAAAAUUCGACGUCGAUAUCUGGCAAGUGACGCCCGAGCUCGUCGACAUAUACAUGCCUCUUUCAGGACCAGGCCUACCGGAAGUUCUUCGCGCCAUUCCAAGUUCCUCUACGCCCGUUCACAAUCAAGAUAUUCCAUACUAUUUGCGCCAAGUCGAACCAUGGAACCUUGCUUCCCUUGAAAAUACAACGUUCCACAACGAGUACCAUCCACUUUACGAAAUUGACGACUUUGUCUACCAAUUGGCAGAGCAACACCCUUCAAUAGUGAGCAUCGUCCACUUAGGCCAUUCAGGUCAGGGGAGGGAGAUGCGGGGCCUGAAAAUAUCUAAUGGGCCGACGGAGGUAAAAAAGACAGAUUACGGAAAGGGUGUCGAUCCGUCGCAGAAGCUUGGGUUCGUCAUUACAGGCGCUCAGCAUGCUAGGGAGUGGGUCGCUACAGCAGCGGCCCUGUACAUUUCUCAUGCCCUGGUCGUCAAUUCAUCCGAAAAAUACUCCUUGUCAUCGCUUCUGGAUACUUAUGAUUUUUACAUUGUCCCGACUCCUAAUCCUGAUGGAUACGACUUCACCUGGGAGAGCGACCGCUUCUGGUAUAAAAACCGCCAGAUCAUGGGUCCUAAUGAAAAAUGUAUCGGAUUGGAUAUGAACAGGAAUUGGGGAUACAAGUGGAAGUCCAAUGCAAAGUACUUUAAGAAACCUACAACACCCGUUGACCCCUGCUCGCAUUGGUUCCCCGGCCAUCGACCGUUCGAAGCCCCAGAAGUGAACAACCUCGCCAAUUUUAUCACGACGCUCCCUAACCUGCUCGCGUUUAUCGACUUGCGAAGCUAUGGCCAAAUGAUCUCCUCUCCGUACUCAUACUCGUGCAAACGAGUGCCAAAGGACGCCGAGGAUCAAAUCGAAGCUGCAACUGGGGCAGCGCGCGCGUUACAACUCACUCAUGGAACAGUAUUCACAAUUGCGUCCCUCUGCGAGUCCCUGUACCGCGCCCCCGGGAAUAUCGUCGACUGGAUGUACGCCCGUGCAGGGAUCAAGUACUCUUAUGCCGUUCACCUGCGUGACACAGGAACGUAUGGAUUUUCACUACCGCCAGAAUGGAUCCGGCCCGUCGGUGAGGAAACAGGAAAGAUGGUCAAGUACCUUGCGGAAUUUAUUGCAAAACAAUUGAAAAGAUGAAACAAUGGGAUUUUUUAUGUGAUAGAUGUAUUUUCGUUUUGUGGCUUAUGUGAAGUUGUAUUACUAUCUCUUUUCUUUUCAGUUCAAUGAUGAAUCACGACUGUGAACUCACGGUGUGGAACCUAGACUGCUUUCUUCGGAGGUUGGCUAUUUUUGGCGGGACACGGGUGUUUGACCGUCCUAGUGAAAUACACUGGGGUUUUCGAGCUGUGACGGAGUUACUGGUCCCCCUCUUAUUUCCUUCCAUUGGGCUACCGUGUUGAUGCUAUGUGAAUUUAGCGGCGAACCUGCCGACAUUCAUAUUGAUGGGCUCAUGCGGCGGGCCUUUAAAAGUGGAAGGACCUGACAAUCAACAUGAGAUGAUAACCGAUGGUAUUGAU